AUGUUUACAGAGGAUGUUUAUAUUUCCCCGAUCAGACUGGCAAUCACCGACGAGAUGCUGCUACCAUUCCUGGAAGGUGAAACUGUACAAGAUGUGAUAGCCCAGAAGAAACUUUUCUAUGUCGAUUUGGAAUUACAAGACGGAAUCCCAACCAGGCCAGAAUACAAGGUGUGUGCUCCAAUCGCGUUAUUCUAUCACAACGACCAAGAAGCGAGCCUGGUCCCAAUAGCGAUUCAACUGAAACAACAACCAGCUGAUGACAACCCAGUUUUCCUACCCUCCGACCCGCCCUACACGUGGCUUUUCGCCAAGAUGUGGUACAACAAUGCAGAUACAUGUUACCAUCAGGCCAUCACACAUCUAGGUUUCACCCACUUGUUGAUGGAGGGGUGUGUACUCGCCACACAUAGAAACCUAUCUCACUCCCAUCCUAUAUUCAAACUGCUGGCGCCCCACUUCAUCUACCUCGUGGCAAUCAACGGAUUUGCACUGGAAACGUUAAUUAAGCCGGGAGGGUCCGUGGAUAAGUUUAUGGCUGCGGGAACUGAUGGUGUGUUCGAACUCAUCAAACGAAAACUGGCGGUGUGGCGGAUGGACGAGGACGGGACCCUACCCGUAGAUCUGGAGAAGAGAGGGGUGCUGGAUGACAAUGUACUGAUAGGGUACCACUACAGAGAGGAUGCUCUACCACUGUACGACGCCAUAAAACACUUCGUCACCAAAUAUGUCGGUCUCUACUACGAAAACUCAGAAACCUAUGUUGGGGACCACGAGAUCCAGGCCUGGGCCCAGGAAUUAGUCAAACCUCGUUCACAGGGAGGAUGUGGUCUUCUGGGCGUUCCUGGUGAUGGCAGUAUUACCAAUGAAUCUGACCUUGCAGUAAUAUUGACCAGCAUCAUAUUCACGGUCAGUGUGGGGCAUGCCGCGGCCAACUUUGCUCAGUACGACGAGUAUGGAUUUCCUCCCAAUUACCCAACUUUGAUAGAGGGCACACCCCCUGUUGACAAGACUCCUCUGACGGAAGCCUCAAUCAUAGAUGCUCUGCCUGAUAAGAGUACCACUUUUGAUGUGAUGACCAUUUUCAAAGUUCUCAGUGGCAUGGGGACAAACAAACUGGGGGAUUAUGAAGUCAAAUACGUGUAUGAUCCCAAAGCGGAGGCGGUCUUAGAGGAAUUCCGGAAGGAGCUUGAAGAUCUCGGCAACAGAGUGGAAUCACUAGAAAGAUUUAGAAAGGUCUCCUAUCCCUGGCUCAAUCCAGAUAUAAUUCCUUACUCUAUCAGCAUUUGAUCUGGUCUGGCAUGGCUGCAUUUAAUUUUCAUUUUACAUUUCAUUUACUAGAUACAAGGUUAAUCUAAUAUCGUAUGUAUAUAGACAGGAAACUCCAUAGAGUUAUUUGUACGACACAAGAGUAAAUUAACGGAUUGUCACAUCAUGCGAUAUCAAAGUGUUAAACUACGUGUUAAACACACAUCACAGUUAUUAUGGCUAGAUUAAUUGAAAUAGGUAAGCCCGCAAAUCAGAGUCGAAACAUAUAUACACUGCAAAAGAAUAAUGAUAAAUUCCACAUAAAGAUAAGGAUAUAUUACAGCAACUUUCAAUACACAUAUACUGAUAUGAGAAAAAAGUUCCCUGAAGAUAUACUAUUAUAUAUAUAUAACAUUCAUUAAAGAAACAACAAGUUAAAAUGAAAAAUCUAAAAACAUCAGUCAUCCUGUGAGUAAAUUCAGUAUGUCAAAAAUAAAAGUAUGGCAUCAUUGAAAAUUUUCUUGGAAUAUAAAAGUU